CAGCUGUACAGUAGCUUAUUUACAACUUGCUUCCAGCGCAUGUCAGCUGAGAGAAUGGCAACAGAAGAGGACUUGCUCUCUUUCCUCAAAACAAGGAAUAUACCUGAUAGUGUCAUCGACCAACUAAAAGAAGAUAAGUGCAUAGUGGAGCACAAGCAUGCUUGUGGAGUCUUUACGCACCAACCACAGAGGGAGAAGCUUGACACUCUCUCCAGCAACACCAGACUGAUUUUCCCCUUUACUUUCACUUUGGACUUGUUAACGACACCUUCUCGUGUGUUCCUACGUGAUUAGAACCUCCUCGCAGGAGCAGUGAGGUUCUGGAUGACUCGUGCGACCUUCUCGAGUCACGAAACUGAAAUCAUGAUCCCGCCUGCCAACUCGGUUCAGGAUGAGAGUAGUGGGGGAAAAGAGGACGAGCAGAACGAGACUCCCAAAUCCCCCAGCAACAUUUCCAACCAGGAGACCAAGAAUACUGUGAGGCCCGAACACCCCAAACGGAAGCUCCAAAAGCUCAAGCGUUCCUUGUCCUUCAAGACCAAGAGCGUCCGCAGCAAGAGCGCCGACAACUUCUUCCGGAGUAGCGGCGACAACAAGAUGGAGCUCCUCUCCGACGUGAGCGGCAGCACGGGCCACCUGUACAACAUCGGCAUGGCGCCGCCGCACGUCACCACCGGCCCGCCUAUCCCGCCCGUGCCCCCUGCCAUUCCCUGCGCUCCGCCGCCCACGUCACGCUCGCAGGCGCGCAACCCCCUACAGGUGGACUCGGCCGGGCACUGCUUCAUGGAGCACAUCUUCAAGAAGCCCACCUUCUGCGACGUUUGCAACCACAUGAUCGUAGGUACCACAGCCAAGCAUGUGGUGUUCCUGGCGGGCAACACGGCCAAGCACGGCCUGCGCUGCAAAGCCUGCAAGAUGAGCCUCCACCACAAGUGCGAGAACGGCGUUGGACAGCAGCGGUGCAUGGGCAAACUGCCAAAAGGCUUCCGGCGGUACUACAGCUCGCCGUUACUGAUCCAGGAACAGUACGGCUGCAUCAAAGAAGUCAUGCCCAUCGCUUGUGGCAAUAAAGUGGACCCCGUCUAUGAGGCCCUCAGGUUUGGGACGUCAUUGGCUCAAAAGGCCAAGCGGGCCAGUGGCUCGGAGUCUCCACAGAGGAACUCGACCAACGACUUGGAUAAUGUUCCAGAGGAAGCGGUGGCUCACAGCAGCAGACAGGCACUGUCAAGAAAACACAGCGAUGAUGUUUUCACGGUUCUUGAGAACGGGGCUGAGCACUACCACCAUCAGCCAGACAGAACACCCCACAAUUCUGAGCUGGAAGACAGCCAGCUUCACGAAGAUGCAGUCCAGCUCAACACCUAUGUGGCCUUGUACAGUUUUACUGCUCAGGAGAGCCAUGAUCUGGACAUGAGGGUGGGAGACAGAAUUUUGCUAGUUGAUGAAUCCAAUGUUGAUUGGUGGAAGGGGGUGAUUGAGGACAGAAUCGGUUUCUUCCCGGCAUCCUUCGCUCAUCCGUUGCAGCCGGGAGACCAGGUUUUUCGGUGUAACAGGACGUUCAUCGGCUGCAGGGAGCAGGGCCAGAUCAUGCUGAAGGAGGGACAGAUUUGUGUGAGCAGUGAGGGCGAGAGCAACGGCUUCAUCAGGGUGGCGAGCGGCAAGAAGCGAGGCUUCGUGCCCUGUGACGUCCUCGACAUCAUCUGAGGGGAGAAGAAGCACUUGAGAAAUGGCCAGAAAGACGAGGCCGGCCGUCGGGGGCCGACAAGGUCAAAGUGACGGAAUGCUUAUGAGGUGGGGGUGCUGAUGUUCUCGUCACAAAAUCGGACGGGAAGCGACGGUGGUUGCAGGACUCACACGGAUGAGAAUACGAGUGCUGCUUUGUUUCUUUGGCUGCUAUCACUGGAUUUCAUGUUUUACGUUCUAGUAUCAACAGAACUACAAGAUGGCAGUUUUUCAACAUCAUUGCACUCGUUCAACAACAGAGUGUGUAUUGAAUUUCCCCCUGAGGGAGCAAGAUGAGUUCAAUACAUUUUAAAAGAAUAAAACAUAAUGUCAUUGUUUCUGUCAAGAGGGUUUUAGUACAUUUAUACAAAGGAGUAUAUGCCACACUGAAAACAGAAAAGAAAACGAGAAUAAAGUUGUAAUCUUGGGCAAAUAGUAUCAUAUUUUUGAGAAAAAAAAGUCAUGUUACUUUAAGAAAAAUGUGCAUUUUUUGGAGAUUUUCUUUUGGGGUUUUUUCUGCAAAAAGCUGACUUUUUAGAGAAUCGUUUUAGCGAUUUCUUGACUUAUUAACUUGUACUUUAUUUACUUUUAGUUUCAAGAAAAACUCCACAAACCUUUUUAAAAAAAAAAAAAAUGGUUAAUUUUUUUUCCCCUUAAAAGCUCAUGGUACUGCAAAAUUUAAAUUUAAAUUUAACAGGGAAAACCUUUAUUAAACCCAAGGUGGUAGAAGAAGAUCACGAUAUUUUUUUGUCUUGUAAAUAGUCCCGUCCCCCCCCCAAAAAACGCAUUUCUCAUCGUGUCAUUAUUUUUGUUUUUGCAAAAAUCCUGACUUUCAGAAAGAUUUUUUUAAUUUUAUUUUAUUUUAUUUUUGAGAGAAUAAACAUUUUCUUGAGAGGAAAACGUUGUGAGAAAAAAAUCUAAUGAGAAUGAUGUCAUAAUUUUUGGGAUGAAAAUAAUUGCUAGAAGACAUUUUAUAACAAGAUUAAAGUCAAAAUUUAAUGAAGAAGAAGAAGAAAAAAUAUUAUAAGGAACCCAUACUAUUCUCUCUUUAUUAUGACAUUUUUCUCAUUUUCCUUGUAAAAUAUAACUUUCUUCUUGUAAUACAAUAUAUAUUUUUGAAUUUUCCAUAUUUUUUAAUGCUCGUUUGUACAUUCAUCUGUUCGCUCCUGCACCCAAUAGUUGUCCUUCACAAUAAUUUAGGCAUUUCCAGUCCAGUAAAGUUGGUAAAGAAACAUUUUGGGGUGAUUAUUUCUUUUUUGGUUUAGUGCAGACAUCAAAAAUGUCUUUUUUUUUUUUUUGCAGUGACAGCUUCCCACUUCAGUCGAUGACUCACAAGCUGUCUGUCUGCUUGAAAAGCUAUUUGCACGUUGCAUUGUCAUAAUGAAUGUCAAAAGAUCACAACCUUUUAGUCGGUCUUAAUCCAAAAGUGAAAGGUUAAAUAGAUCGUCAGAAGCAGCAAAGUCGGAAAUAUCCUCACCGGCCAAACCAUUAGGUACACCUGCAUUGACUGAUUAGGUCCAAUAAAAGAGCUUUGUCUCUUAAACGUGCUCAGUUUUGUUUGGGGUUGAUUCAUUUUAACAUUGUUUGUAAUUGUGAUUGUUUAUAGUGGUGCAAAGUUGAGAGCUGUUUCUAAUAUUUUGGUUGCCCCGUACAGGGGCAAAAAUGAAAAUGAAAAUGAAAAAAAAAGCUGCAAUUGACACCUACAGCUAAAAAGGCUUGCAAAUGCAUACAGAAGCCACAAGAUGGCGGCAGCGGAUUUCUUUUUCUUUUGGCCUGACUAAAUGAAGCUACCUCCCCUCACGUCAACAUAGUUGCUUCGCACCAAGCUGCCACCAGAUGACGCCAAAGCAAUAUUUUUAUACAACACAUAACUGGCCUGAGCAUAAAAGAGCCAAUAGUUGAUUUUUAUUUUUUUUUUAAAGUAAAUAACAGAGGAUAGAUUUCCCCCAAAAUCUGCAAAUGCCACACCGCAAAUAUGCUUCACUGCAUUACGAACAUGUCAGUCUGAUGCAGGGUUGACGCUCAUCAGAUUGCGCAUGUGCAACUUAUGGUGAGGCCAUAUGACUCGGAUUUCGAGAUACAAAAUCGAAAUCAAGAUUUGCCUUUAAUCUGACAAGUUUGCCCAGUUUUACUGCUUCGAUGUGAUAAACCGUAAUGACAGAGUCGUCUUUAUUAUCUUUUAUUUAGGCAAAUGUGAAAUAAUGUGUGUGUCGAUUUCAAAUGUGUCUUUCUCAGCACAUUCUUUUUGUCCUUUUGAACUCUUAUGACCAUUGUGUCAUAAUAGAUUUUAUAUAUGUACACACGCACACACACACACAGACAGUAUGUGCGUGUGUGUGUAUAUACCAGCUCUAUUGAGUGUCCAACAACAAUAUAUUGUACAUAGUGUAUGUAAAAGAUUAAAGGAAUAAGGAAUAAAA